CCACCGUCAUGCACCCCCACCCCUCUCAGAUUCAUUGUUGCACCGAUGCCUAGCCAUCCCACCUCCAUCUCCCUCCUUCAAAGCCUAAUUUCAAAAGUGGGUGAAAAUGACAGAGAGUGGUGAUGUCGGUUUUGACGGUGAAAAAUCAACAGUGGCAAUGAUGGAUUUUGACAGCAAAGGCACAGCGGCGACGAAGCAGGACUUGGCGGUGACAGAGAUUCAAGUGAUAUUGGCAGGGACACAGCGACAGCAAUGGCUGGGGCGCUGCAACUCAGAGGUAGUGGGCAUCCGCGUCGACAACAAGUUUGGAGUGGAGCAUUGUUGAUGAAUUGUUUUCUUUUUUGCUUUGGAAAUUGGAACUAUGGCAGAUGAGCAAAAGGAGCAACGCGUAGGGAUUGAGUUGUGCAAGAAAUGUACAGAUGAUUUGUACGCAGAUUAACUCCUAUUUUGAAGAUUUUAUAUUUUAACUCCUAUUUUAGAAUUUAAUCAAUAUUUUACUCAAGCCAAUAAAAUACACUUUAUCCU